GGCCUAUCCAUCGGUAGCCCUCAUCCCGGUCUUGGCUCGCCUCCCUCUCGUGUCCCUCGUGUCCACUCUGUUCGACAGUUUUCUCAUCAUUUCGAGCACAUCAGCGCAUGACCUUGUUCGAAACAUAUAAUCUGCUUCCUUUAAAGCAUCGUUCGACGCCUCGCUCAGGGGACCGCUGUGCAGGUCAUCCGAUUCAACCAGCAGAUCCUUUUCGUGUUGGGUGCCUUAUUCGGCAGGCGCUCCACAUACGCGCUCCACCUGCCCACCGUUUCCCCGCAACCGGAAAACGGCGAUCCCAGCAACUCCCCUCCACCGAGAACCCCGCGUUGCGCGGCCCUGAGAAGAGAAAUCCGUGCGACGACAUCUCGACCAAAAACGAACGGACGGGUGGUGAGAGAUGCACUGAUAGAAGAUACGAGACGCCUCGUGUAGACCCACGCGGCUUUUCCAUCAGGCCCGACUCUGACCACCACGACAAAACGCCCAACCGACGUGUUUUCGCCCCAAACCUGCCGCUUGACAAGCCGCUGCUGACUUGUGUUGCGGCUACUGGUCGGAACGGAGCUGCGACGCCACGACAAGGCUUUUGUCGUGGAAGGUGCACGCGCAUUCGCCAGAAACACCGCCCCCCUUUAUCAGGCAACCAUCUCGCCCGUUGAAACAACAAGAGGCUCUUCUCUUUUAUGAUCACAGAGACAUAGGAGAGUUGCGCCCCUUGUGCGGACCCCGUUGCUUCGGGCCAGCAAACAAACAAACGCUCAACUCCGAACCCCCGCCAUCAACUUCCUCGCAGAUCAACAUUACAGCACAGCGCUCGACAGAUCGCAUCGUUGCGAUCAACAACAACAACACCAACAAUGUCUUCCGAGAGCUCAACACCCAACUGCACGCCACAGCCUCCCAUGGUCGUGCACAACCUCUACAUUCCAGACCCGUCUGCCGACGAGAUCGACUUGUCCACCAACCAACCAUGGAUGGUGGCCACUGUCAUUAACGACGACGACUUGAUGUUUGGGGGCAAGCCCCUGUGCGCUUGGUACGAGGAGGACAGGAGAAGAUUUGGCUGCGCAACCGUCGACGAAGAGGAAACAAGAGGCCGGCCGCGCGAGCGGGCUCGCGCCGAUGCGCACUAUGAAAGGUCGCAGAAGCAGCCGCAGCACCACCACCACCAAGCUCGCCAGCAGCAUCCGCAACACCCGCUUCAGGCCCAGCCCCAGCACCAGCACCAUCACCAGCAACAGCGCCAACACCAUCUCCAUCGCAGCGGCGACAGGUCGCCCGACGUGAAGGAAGAGUAAAUCUCUGCUUUCACCUUCUUUUCUAUACUUCCGCGACGAACAAUUUGGCCUAACCCCCGAACCGCUCGACAUCACGUGGCGAAACAAUCAGAGCAACAAGGAACACCUCACACGUUACACUUGCCACCCAAAGUUUUUUGAAACGCCAACCGAGGUGGGCUGGAACUUCUCAGCCGCCAACACCACCAAUGAGGAGUCGGUGACGGCGCUGGUCGCCACAUCACCCUAACCCACACCACCAAUCCGAUCCUACGCAUGUAGUUCGGCCAAACUGGGCGGCCAAAGAGUUCUCCACACGUUGCACACAACAACAAAAUAGUUCACUCCCAACUUUAAUUACCGGGACUCCUCCACUUGGCAGCAAUCGCUUCGCACUCUCUCGUCAGCGUGGACCGACUUAUACGGGUCACGCCAUCGGUUCUUCGCAACGCUUCCGAAACGCUGUUUUUCUUUUGACCCCUUUCGCUGCAUCUGAUAGCUCCUGGCCGAACAAAGAGCUCUCUUGCUUUGUCGAGUCGCUUGGACCGCUUUAAACCGGGUUGGCUGCAUCCUUUGGUGUUUUCUCAUCAUAUUUUGGCAGUUGCCGCAUGAUACCACUUGGGCUUUUUACAGGGUUUUGACUCGGUGUCAUGGGCUUCUUUUUUUUUCUCUUGUACCUACCAUCUUAUCUGGUGCUGGAGCAUAUAUUUCUGGGGUAACAUCACACCGGCAAUCGGCGCUGUUGGAGGGUCGCCAGGAAGGCUCUGGGAAUUACGGAUAGAUAUAUAUGCUUGCGGCUUGGGCCGUCUUUUUCAGGGACCAGGGAAAUUUUUUCUUUUUUCUUUCGCCGUCUUGUUGUUUAAUUCUCUUACGACAGACCGCUGAUCUGUCUGGCUCUGGAUGUAUUCGGCUUGCACCAGGCCAACUGGGAGGAAGGUUCUAGCAAUGGGACGCCGUUUUUUUAAUUACACCUUGUUUUCUUCCCUCGCACAUGAUUGUUUGAUGCUUGACGAGGUUUGACCGUGUUCGAUGACGGCCCACUGCGGGCGAUCAUGAUAGAUUCUUGGCGCAUGCUACGCGGUAAUGGUUUCUUAAAAAAAAACUCUCCC